AGGGGCUAUGUCUUAUUCGUUUUUUUAUGUCCCCGGGGAUUAGCUAGUUCUUGGGAAACAACUAGGACUUGGGACUCAAAACAGUUUGCUAAGUGAAUGAAUGAGAGGCCCAGUCAAGCUACUUCCCUUCAGUGCUGCACAGUGCAACAAAUAACCAGCUCAGAUACAGGUUCAAAGACCACAGGCUUCUCCCUGGACAGCUCAGCUCUCCUCAUAACUCCUGAGAAACCCUGGACAUGCCAGGGUGUACUAUGGAGUGGUUGCAUCCGGAAGAGGGGGAGGAAGUCCCAAACACUAAGUAAUCCAGGUUUGGGUUGGAAAACAAGGUUGAAGUUACUCAUUAGCAGGUGAAAGGGUCAAGGGUCGAAUGCAAGGGAGCUGAAAGCAGAGUGGACUGAGCAGCCAGUAGGGGAGAGAGCAGUUAAGGCACACAGAGCACCAGCUCCCUCCUGCCUGAAGAUGUUCCAUCAAAUUUGGGCAGCUCUGCUCUACUUCUAUGGUAUUAUCCUUAACUCCAUCUACCAGUGCCCUGAGCACAGUCAACUGACAACUCUGGGCGUGGAUGGGAAGGAGUUCCCAGAGGUCCACUUGGGCCGGUGGUACUUUAUCGCAGGGGCAGCUCCCACCAAGGAGGAGUUGGCAACUUUUGACCCUGUGGACAACAUUGUCUUCAAUAUGGCUGCUGGCUCUGCCCCGAUGCAGCUCCACCUUCGUGCUACCAUCCGCAUGUGAGUGGAAAGAUGGGCUCUGUGUGCCCCGGAAAUGGAUCUACCACCUGAGUGAAGGGAGCACAGAUCUCAGAACUGAAGGCCGCCCUGACAUGAAGACUGAGCUCUUUUCCAGCUCAUGCCCAGGUGGAAUCAUGCUGAAUGAGACAGGCCAGGGUUACCAGCGCUUUCUCCUCUACAAUCGCUCACCACAUCCUCCCGAAAAGUGUGUGGAGGAAUUCAAGUCCCUGACUUCCUGCCUGGACUCCAAAGCCUUCUUACUGACUCCUAGGAAUCAAGAGGCCUGUGAGCUGUCCAAUAACUGACCUGUAACUUCAUCUAAGUCCCCAGAUGGGUACAAUGGGAGCUGAGUUGUUGGAGGGAGAAGCUGGAGACUUCCAGCUCCAGCUCCCACUCAAGAUAAUAAAGAUAAUUUUUCAAUCCUCA